AUGUUGGAAUUUCAUAGGUCUGGCAUUUUGACUGCGGUGCUGGGCGCGUUUCUAGGACAGGGCAGAGACCCCGAUCAGGUUGCUGUCAUGGCUAAAAACGCUUCCGAGUUCAUAAGUAUCGUGAUCAAUCUUCUGGACGCCUUGAAGACGUCGUUCUCUCAUCGUUCUUUGGCGGCUAGGUCCAUGGGAAGACGGGACACUGUUUCUGAGGCUGCUGUUGCUUCCAUCUCUAUGCUUAAAGGCUACAUGAGAUCAGUGAAAUCAUUUAAUAAUGUUGGUCGCGCUGAGGAUGAAGGGCAACGGGGUUGUGCCGAGAGAGCCCUCUGCGAAGCUAGUGCAGAGUGUGUUGCAGAUGCUCAGGGUACAUCUUCUAUUUUCUGCCAACUUGGAUCGUAUGCGACAAGUUAUCUGCUUCAAAGGCAGAGUGGAGUAGGUUUCGAGGCGCUGUAUGAAGCAGGUCGACGCGGUCGCACCGGUGAGGACUGCAGAACUCUGUUCAUGGAUUGUAACGCUGUAUGAAAACCCGUUUUGACCCGUUCAAGUGCGAUUUAGAGGCUCUAGGACUCGAUUAACGCCAGACUUAAUUGUUUGAAACUUCUUUAAAUCGAAUUUGAUAUGGAAUGCCAGUUCAAAUUAUAU